AUGCCAGGUUAUAAAUCCGCACCGUUGCGUUGUCUCGAUGCGUCGCAGGUCGCCCAGACCCUUAAAUUAGAUUACGGGAGGCGGUACCCCGAACAGCCAUUUGCUAUUAAUAUUGAUUAUUACCGUUGCAGGAUGGAGAAGUACAGUUUUGAAGCCAUUCUGGGGGAAGGUGGCUUUGGCCGCGUCUACCGCGUCAGGGAAAGUGGCCAGGAGGGUCAGCAGCGGGCACUCAAGGAGGUCCGCCUGAAUCCGGAAGCCGUCAGGGAGGCGGAAUUAAUGGACCUCUUUGACCACCGUAAUAUUCUGCCGCUCAUCGAGACGUUGGUGGAGCCCCCACACCUGUAUCUGCCGUUGUGUGAGGAGGAUUUGGGGACCUCCCUCGCCCGCGAGGGUCCGAGGAGGAGCCCCUCGUCCUUCUUCCGGGUGGUCCGCCAAAUCGCUGUGGGCCUCGCAGAAUGCCAUCGGCACAGCGUGGUCCACCGCGAUCUGAAACCUGGCAACGUGCUGAGACAGGGGGCUCGGUUUAUGCUAGCCGACUUUGGGGUGGCCGAGCAAUUUACACCGAGCCGACCACUCCUAACAGAGUUGGCUGGCACUCCACUGUAUUGGAGCCCGGAGCAACUCCGCCGGGAGCCGUACAGCACCGCGGUGGACCUGUGGGCCUUAGUGCUCGUGGCCAUGGACGUGGCCACGGGUCGGCCCUGCCAAACCGAUGGCCAGGCUACGGAGCACUGGGCCUCUUCCCCAGGCGGAGAACGCCAGAGGGAGUUGGCCCAGCUGCACCCGUCCGUUGUCUGGUUUGUCGAAGGGCUUUUGAUGGACGAGCCGUCCCUCCGCCGCUCCGCUGACCAGUGGGAGUGGCCGGCCGUUCAUCUGUCCACCGUGGUAGACCUGGAGAAGACCCCGUCACCACCGUCCGAUGGACCGUGGGUGACCCGCCUACCACCGGACCUGGCAAACCGACUAAGAACCGUCCAAAAUCCCUCAGAAUGGACGAGGAGUCUGAAGCGGAGGGUGCGGGCACUAUUGCCAGAGGGUAGAGAAGGCCACCGAGUCCGCCACCGCUUCAGAUUCCCGUCCGGCACCGUGCGCCGUCUCUGGGUGCCGCCGGACUCGGACAGGACCGGGGAAACGUGA